UCCCUCGAGUUGCUUAGAGAUCAUAAACAGUGCUCAGGCUGUAGUGAAGGAUGUGUGGCUGUGGCUCUAGUUCUAGGAACCCAAAGUCGUAUUCUCUAAAACAAGCAGAGGAGUCUUCGGCAAAAGACAAAACCUCCAAAUCAAGAAAAAUGCCCAAACGUGUUCCAAUAUCCAAGCAAUUGGCUUCCAUCAAAGCUCUAGGGAAAGGCUCCGAUCUAGAGAAGGCUGUUACUACUUUAGUCUUAGUGUACAAUAAUGCUGCAGACGCUGAGGGGAAACUCAUCAGAUCUGAAGCUAAAAAGUUGCUACAAACUGAGUUUACACAUUUUAUACAGGGGCAAGAAGGGAAGCCAAAAUAUCAGGAAAUCCUUGCCAGUUUUGAUGAGAACAAGAAUGAACCGAUUGACUUUGAAGAUUUUAUGGUUCAGACACUUAGUAUCACUCUGAUGUCUGAUCUCCUGGAAGAUAUCAAAAAAUGUGCGAAAAAAUGAAAUUCUAAGAAGACUGGAUAGAACUGUGAGGGAAAAGUGAUCGAUAAUAUUAUUUUACAGGAAGUUCUAGAACUGAAGAUUUCCCAAUGGUAGUUUUAUUAGAAUUGUGUAUUAGUGAAAAUUACUAGGAGAUUAAGGAAGAAGUUUUAUCUACCUUUGGAAAGUAAAGAUCAGCCUAAUCCUAUGCA